GAGAUAAGACUUUUCAAGAUCCAAUGCAUCCUUUUUGACUAACGUGCAUUGUUACAUCUUUUUCCCCACUUAAAUUCCUUUCAUUUAUUUUACAUUUUAGUCCUUUUAAAAGACAAUUCUACUUUGGUCUCAUUCCAUAUAUAAAAACACACAAUGUAGUCCUUUACUCCUUUUUCCAAUCUAAAAGCCAAGCUAGCUAGAUAUACACAUAGCUCACUCCAAUUUGUUCAAUAAAUUAUAAUUAAUCACAAGAAAAUGAAGAAGGGAGAAUUGGUUUUCAUUCCUCUUCCAGCUGCAGGUCACAUAGUCUCAUCAUUAGAGAUAGCAAAGCGCCUUGUUACUCAAGAUAAUCGUCUCUCAAUCUCAAUCCUCAUCAUCAAAAUGCCAAACCUCAACCCUCCAACUACCCAAUCUCUCCUUACAUCCAUCUCUGGUGUCGAACGCAUCAACUUCAUCGAAAUUUCAGAACAACAUACUAAUAACAAACUCGAUUCCAAUCCUACUAAUACUAUCAAGUCCAUGACUUCCUUCUUAGAAAGCAUCAAACCCCAAGUUCAAGAAGCAAUCAACAAUCUCGUUAACUGCUUUUCAAACCAACCCAGCUCGCCUAAGCUAGCUGGGUUAGUCAUCGACAUGUUCUUCACGACCAUGAUCGACGUAGCUGAUGAGUUUGGAAUCCCUUCCUACGUGUUUUACACGUCAGGAGCUGGAAUUCUCAAACUCAUGGCUCACCUCGAAACCCUAAGUACUGAGCAUAACAAAGAUGUUACCAAAUACAAAGAUGAACAAGAUGAAGAGCUUGUCAUUCAAGGCUUCGUCAACCCAAUUCCGGUCAAAGUCUUCCCAAAAAUGGUGUUUGAUAAGGUAUCAUGCCCUUUGUUUCUUAGUCAAUAUACAAAUAUGAGAAGAGCUAAGGGUAUUUUAGUAAAUUCGUUCAUUGAAUUAGAGUCAACAAUAAUUGAUCUAUUCCCUCCAAUUUACUCGGUGGGACCCAUAAUAAAUCCCAGCCCUAAUCAAAGGGAGAAAGAAAAUGAAAGCGUGAUGACGUGGCUAGAUAAGCAACCUCGAUCUUCGGUAGUGUUCCUGUGCUUUGGGAGCAUGGGAAGUUUUAGUGAGGAGCAAGUGAAAGAGAUAGCCAUUGGAUUAGAACAAAGUGGGGUCCGAUUUCUUUGGUCCUUAAGAAAAAAAGGCCAAUCAUUGAAAUCAGAAGACUACACAGAUUUCAACGAAGUUCUUCCAAGAGAGUUUUUUGAUCGAACGGCUGAGAUUGGAAAGGUCAUUGGGUGGGCCUCACAAGUGAACAUAUUGGGUCAUUCCUCAAUUGGUGGAUUCGUGUCACAUUGUGGUUGGAACUCAAUUCUAGAGAGUUUGUGGUUCGGUGUACCAAUUGCCACGUGGCCUUUGUAUGCGGAGCAAAAAGUCAACGCUUUUGUGGUUGUGAAAGAGUUGGAAUUAGCGGUGGAGAUUAAGUUGGAUUAUAUGAUGAGUGGUGAAGAUGGGAUGAUGAUUGUGAAGGGUGAUGAAAUUGAGGUGGGGAUUAGAAAAUUGAUGGAACCUAAUAAUAAUGUUAUUAGGGAAAGAGUUAAGGAAAUAAGCGAGAAAGGGAAGAAAGCCUUAUUAGAAGGUGGGUCAUCUUAUUCUUGGCUGUCUCGUUUUGUAAAUGAUGUGAUUGAUAACAUAUGAAGUUAAUUGUCAUCACUAUCCAAAAAAAAAAAGAGAAUUGCUAAAGAGUACUGUUGGUGCCUAGUACUAUCUUUAGUGUCAUUCUGUUAUUGCUGCAAUUAAAUAGCGGGUCCUAUAUAAUUUAAGAAAAUAAGUUUUAAGGAAUAUCGUUAACCAAUUAUAAAGUGACAUUUAUGGAAAGUGUUGGGCACCGCUAUCCAAUAGCAAUGCUCACAAAAGAAAUAAAAGUUGUUUGUUGGGUUGAUUAGUGUCUAGUUGUGCCCUACAGGUUAGUAAUAUCUAUAUGAGACUUAAUAUUUAAUGAGAAUGUUAAUUACAAUUUUUUAUCAAUCUCUACGCUCGAAAUUACAUGUCG